UUUCCAUUUCUGUCACUAUUAAAAGGAUAUAGCAUUCGGAAUGACUUUCCUGCGGAUAUUAUUGCUGGACUGACUGUUGGUAUUAUGCAUAUCCCACAAGGUAUGGCAUAUGGACAGUUAUCCACACUUCCUCCAGUUUAUGGGCUAUAUGUUUCAUUUUUUCCAGUUUUAGUUUAUUUCUUCUUUGGUUCAUCAAAGCAUGUCUCAGUUGGAACAUUUGCUGUUGUAAGUUUAAUGGUGGGAUCUGUGGUAGAUAAAGGUCUAGCAUCUAAAGGUCUUAACAGUAUUGAUGAUGAGUUACUUCGGACACAGUUAGGUUUUGCCAUGGCUGUUACUUUUGCUGUUGGUGCUAUUCAGUUAUUGAUGGGAAUGGUUAGAUUAGGAUUUGUAACUGUCUAUCUGUCAGACCCAUUAAUAAGUGGUUUUACUACUGGUGCUGCUUGCCAUGUUUUUACCAGUCAAAUUAAACAUAUCUUUGGUGUAGCUGUCAACAGAUAUAAUGGUCCAUUUAAACUCAUUUAUUCAUACAGAGAUUUCUUUAAAAACAUUCCAACUACAAAUUUUGCUGCAUUGAUUGGGUCAGCAAUUUGUAUAUUAGUCUUAGUAUUAGUAAAAGAAUUAAUCAACAAUAACCCUAGAAUCAAACCAAAACUUAAAAUGCCAGUACCUAUUGAACUUAUUGUGGUUAUUAUUGGUACAUUAGUAUCCGAGUUUUCACGUUUAAAUGAGGUUUAUGACGUUAAUAUUGUUGGUGAUGUACCAGUAGGG